AGACUCCUUCUUGUUGAGCCGUUAUCGCCUGCUUCUCUUUUUCCCAACUAUAUUCGUGAGUCGAUCUUCGUCUUCUUCCACCUCUGCAUCUUCUUCCUGUAUUGUUUCUGCGCAUCUCGUUUCAAGCGCGCUCCCCAAAUCAGGAUAUAUUGGCAAAACAUCAUCUUAUUAUUUGAUUCCUUAAAGUGAAAGUCGAGAGUUUUCUGGAGAAAAAUGGCUAGUCGUGUUCCAGUUCAAGUUCAAGAUCAGAACUCAGAGCUUCAUAUCAAAGGUGCCAAUCAAAUGUUAUCAACUAAAACACGUCAAAAGAGUGGCCAAGUAGUGCGAAAGCCCUUGUCAGAUCUCACAAAUGUGGGCAAAUCUUUGACCACACAUGCUUCAAAGACAAAUCAGCCAAAGAGAAAAACUUCCAAGGCAGUAGUCGUUAACAAAAAAGGCAAAAGCAAUUUUCUGAAUGAACCGACAGAAUGCUUCCACUUUACAGGAACAGAUAUGGAGCACUAUCAGAAGAAAAUGAGAGAGAAAGAUGUUGAAAAGAAAGUACAGGAAGUGGUAUCAUCCUUCAAGCCUCGUUUGCACAUACCUUGGCCUGACUUAUAUCAAAAUGAGAGUAGUCCCGAAAGGAAAUAUUUGCCGGAAAUGAAGCUUGAGUGGUGGGGUGACUCCCCAUCAUUGCGGUCACCAUUGAAGCCUGCUGAAGAUGACCCUAUUUUGGAUGAUCAAGAUGAUUGGUUGCAGCUGGCUCUAAAAGAGUCUCCAGUUAUUUCCUGGAGGCGACCUCCAUUGUAGUAGCCUUUGAGGGAAGAUAAGAGUGUGUGUGGUACAUGACCACCAAAGUAUUUUAGGAUUCUUUUUGUCAGGAUUACAUACAGUUCUCUAGAUAUUUUCCUAAUGUCGUGUAUAACAUACAGUGCUCUAGAUAUUUUCCUAAUGUCGUGUAUAACAUAGUGCUCUAGAUAUUUUCCUAA